AUGACGUCCCAAACCGCUGUAAUCGGGAUCUCAGGACCCUCAUCUAGCGGUAAAACGACCCUAGCUCGACUGCUACAGAGAAUAUUCUCUAAAGCGAACGAGAGUCUUUUCACGUUCAUUGUCCAUGAGGAUGACUUUUAUCUCCCCGAUGAUCGAAUUCCAUACACAACGACCGCAUCCGGGAAAACAGUCCAAGACUGGGAUACAAUCGACGCAAUCGAUGUUAAAUUCCUAUCUUCGGCACUGUCUUACGUCCGUGACCAUGGACAUCUUCCGCCCCGUUUGAAGAGUAUCCAGGAUUUCAAUGAGAAGUCAGACUCGGGUGUUGAUGAGGGGACGAUUCUUCAGUUGCAGAAGGAAGUGGGGGGUCGACUUCGUUCGCUUUUUCGGCAGCAACCAGGUUCCGGAAAUGAAGGCACUGUAGCUCCGGUUCAGAGUACGAUUGCUUUUCUGGAGGGGUUUCUAUUGUACAGCCCUCCCGAAUCUGAGGAUAAAGACCAUGUUCUUCGACCCGUGCAUGAGAACAUUGACGUGCAUCUGUUUUUGCCAGCACCAUAUGAUAUGGUGAAGUCGCGGCGUGAGAGUCGGAGUGGGUAUGUGACGAGUGGGCCUGCACCAGAGCCCACUUCAUUACCACAAAGAAGCUCAGUAUCCGAUGAAGUGGACUUGGAGGGCGAAGAUGAUCGGCCGCCGCAAAACUUCUGGACGGACCCACCAGGCUAUGUGGACGAUAUCGUGUGGCCGCGGUAUGUGCAGGAUCAUGCAUGGUUAAUCCUGCCUGAAGGGGACUCACAGAAGAGUGGCAAUUUGAGCACAAACUCUCAAGAGUUGAUCAACAAAGUGGGACAAGGAGUGAACCUGAGAACAGAUGCUGGUGUCAUUGUAGCUCCUGGACGGGGCACCAAGCCUAUGGUAGAUAUUCUAGAGUGGGCGGUUGAGGAGGUGUUGAAGUACUUGGAGACCACUCAACGGCGAUAG